UCCAUUGGUUUCUUAUGAACAAAUGCUCUAUAAAUUUGAUGACCUUAUUGUGAAGAUAUACACAACCACUUGAGAGAGAUAUACACACAGAGAGAAAGAAUGGGUCGUCGUGUGAUUAUGAUCAUAGUGUUUGUUUUGUUCAAUAUUUGUUCACUCUCAUUUGUGAAUUCUGUUUCUUCAUCAUCUCUUUCAGUGGGCUUUUAUGAUGAAUCAUGUCCUCGAGUUGAGGAUAUUAUACAUGAAGAACUAGUGAAGAAGAUGUCACCAAUUCCUCUCAACAUCACCAUACCGGGGACUCUUAGGCUGUUCUUCCAUGACUGCUAUGUUCAGGGCUGUGAUGGUUCUGUUUUGAUCUUGCCAACGGAUGACAAUAAUUCUGAGAGAAACGCAUCUAUCAACCUUUCUUUAGCUGGAGAUGCAUAUGACAUUGUUGACAAGGCCAAGGCAGCAUUAGAAAAAGAAUGUCCUGGGGUAGUCUCAUGCUCGGAUAUCCUUGCUAUCCUGGCACGCGAUGUCGUACACUGGUGGGAAGGUCCGCACUGGGAGGUUGAGAAAGGAAGAAGAGAUGGACUCAUCUCCAAUGCAACGGAAGCUCAACUACUCAUGCCAAAGUCUGACGAAAACAUAACAACUCUCAUCCGUGGAUUCGAAUCGAUUGGACUAUCAACUGCCGAUCUCGUCACACUAUCUGGGGCGCACACAAUAGGUUUCACACAUUGUAUAGAAUUUGCUAGUCGUAUAUUCCACAACGACACCACAUUGAACUCUACAAUAAGAGAAAAGGUAAUUCUUAGCUGUCCGUUUCCGAAGAUAGACAGGAAUGUUGCUGAAGCACUUGAUCAAAAUUCUGAGUUUGUGUUUGAUAAUAAGUUUUUUAAGAGCUUGCGAGAAAGGAAAGGGUUGCUCUUGACAGACCAUGUAUUGGCUUUCGGUGAAAAUGAUCUCUCUCGUAAAUUAGUUUAUAGGUACUCCAAAGACCAAGAAUUGUUCUUCAAGGAAUUUGCCAAAGCCAUGGUGAAAUUGGGAAGAGUUGGUGUCAAGACUGGGAAUGAGGGAGAAAUUAGAAGAGAUUGCAAGAAAUUCAACUGAUCAGGAUUUUUGUUGUACUGGAAUAGAUUAAUUAAUUACCAUGUCACUGACUCACUGUGGGCAUAAUAAGCGGGUAAUUUUAUUGUUUGGUAGGAGCUAAUACAUGUGAAUUUCCCAUCUAUUGAAUGUUGCUGUUAAGCUCCAGUCUUUUGCCAAUUACCAUCAAUGAAAGAGUUAAAUUUUGGACA